GAGGCAGGAGAGACAUCUUGUGGAUGAAAACGAAAACUCAUCCAUAUGGGGAAUGGAUCCAACCGUGCUGUCUAGCUGUGGACGGGGCCCCACACUGCAGUGCCAUCCUCCCUAUCAUCUUUGGCAUCAUCUGCCUUCUGGGCAUCCUGGGUAACUGCAUUGUCAUCUACACCAUCAUGAAAAAGACCAAGUGCCGUGCCAAGCAGACAGUUCCAGACAUCUUCAUCUUCAACUUAUCCAUUGUUGAUCUCCUGUUCCUCCUUGGGAUGCCAUUCCUCAUCCACCAGUUGCUGGGCAACGGCGCCUGGCACUUUGGGGCCACAAUGUGCACAGUCAUUACUGCACUUGACUCCAAUAGCCAAAUUGUCAGUACUUACAUACUCACUGCAAUGACCCUCGACCGCUACCUGGCUACGGUUCAUCCCAUCCGCUUCAACUACGUGCGCACACCUUGCGUGGCUGCUCUGGUCAUUAGCCUGGUGUGGGUUCUGUCCCUGCUCACCAUCAUCCCCGUGUGGAUGUAUGCCGGCCUAAUGCCCCUGCCAGAUGGCCUGGUGGGCUGUGCUCUGCUUCUCCCCAACCCAGUCACUGACACAUACUGGUUUACGCUCUAUCAGUUCUUCUUGGCCUUCGCUCUACCCUUGGCCAUAAUCUGCGUGGUCUUCUUCAAGAUCCUCCAGCACAUGUCCACCAGUGUGGCCCCGCUGCCUCCACGGAGUUUGCGGGUGCGCACAAGAAAAGUGACUCGAAUGGCAGUGGCCAUCUGCCUGGCUUUCUUCAUCUGCUGGGCCCCGUACUACAUCCUCCAGCUGGUCCACCUCGGGGUGCAGAACCCGAGUCUGGCUUUUUCCUUUGCUUACAACAUAGCCAUCAGUAUGGGCUAUGCCAACAGUUGCAUCAACCCUUUCCUCUACAUUAUCCUCAGUGAGACCUUCAAGAAGCAGUUCCUCAGGGCUGUACGCCCCGUGAACAGAAAGUUUCGUGUCAACCCCAGCACCACAGAUGGUGGCAGCGUCAAUCUGAGAAUGGCACCUGAAGGAGUUCAGCAUGAGGCUUCGUCCCGGGAGCUCAUUCAAGCUAAUAUGGCUGCACACUGAAUCACAAUAAGAAUCAGAAUCACUAUAGUUGGUCAGUACAAUUAUGGUACAAGAAAACCUGCACACACAUCAGAAACUCUCAGUGAUUAUAAUUGAUAUUGGCAACCAUUAUACACAGACAGCAGGACUUAACACUCAGCUAAGCGGACAAUGCAGGGCAUACAGCCUUGACACACCUUACACAAACAGUGUACAUUUUUUCAUUGUGCAUUCAUGCAGCAUUGCAUGUCACAGUUUGCAGCUGUACCUCAGAGUGCAGUGCAAUGGAAGAUAAUAACUUGAUACAGUUGUAGUUAAUUGGAUGGGAACACAUGUAAUGAGUUAUGAGCACUGCAAAAAUAGACGUCAUUUCAGAAGCUAAAGUGAAGGGAUUCUGAAAGAUCCUUUUAAAAUAACAGGGGGCUUGUCCAACAGCAUUUUCUAAGGACAGUAAUGAAGUGAUGAAGUCAGUCCCUCAGUUUCACACUUGUAUUAUAAUAAGAAUGGAUUUGUUUUUCCAGUAGUGAAUGUAAAUGAUUUUAGGCAUCCUGAAAUCACAAAAAGAACUGAAAACCAAAUCCCAUCAUUUUGCAUUUUUAUUCAUUGCAUUUUUGUUUUGCGUGACCGUGUAUUGAAAGCUUAUCAAACAUUGCUUCUGUUGUCCUGAUGAUAUUAUAUAUUAACACAUACAAUCCUAAUGGUGUUAUUAUAUGUUUAAGGAAGGGUAUGGUAAAUAUAUAUGUAUUAUUGUUAGUGUCUUAAGAUUAAGUUGUAACUAAUAUUGUUCUAUUGUUUGUAUUAUAAAGUGAAAAAUGCCUUGUCAAAUAAUUUGAGACUUUGUUCCCUCGUUGUUGACCAAAUGUUAUAUUGUGGGCCCAUCCUUAUCUUUAGUGUUGUGAAUAAUAAAAUGACAGUGAGCCGUG